CAAUACCAUUGCUGAACCAUUCUAACUGAAAUCAAUAAUGACUAAGUAUACUUUCGAGUUACUGAAAGUAGCAGUGCUAACAUUAUGUGCUACCUCUUAUGUGUUGUUCCCUGCUAUGGCUUCCACCAAUGAGGAACGUUAUUCUUUGGUGAAGAGUGGUUGGUGGAGAAGUGAUUAUCAGAAGAUCUCAAACCAUUGUAAUUGGACUGCAAUCACAUGUAAUGAAGCUGGAAGUGUUACAGAUAUUGCUGCACACUACUGGCCUUUCAACCUUCCUCCAUCAUCAUUGAAGCUUCAGAACUUGAAUCUCACUGCAUUUCCCAAUUUAGUCACUCUGUAUCUACCUCGAAUGCAACUCACUGGAAUCAUCCCUCCCGAGAUAGGUACUCUUUCGAAACUUGUCACUCUUGAUCUGUCUUAUAAUAAUCUUCAUGGUGAGCUUCCAAAAUCAUUUGCAAGUCUUACUCAACUCAUAGUUCUUGAUGUUUCCUUCAAUUCUCUUUGUGGAACCAUUCCUUCUGAGUUGGGUGAAUUCGAGAAUCUAACCUUUCUUUCGCUUGCUUCAAACCGAAUCGAAGGUCCAAUACCACAACAGUUAGGGAAUUUAAGAGACUUACAAGAACUACAUCUCUCAAAUAAUUUGAUCAAUGGUACAAUCCCUUCUAGUUUAGGCCGAUUGGGAAACUUGACUUCUCUCUCACUAGCUUCAAACCAAAUUGAAGGUCACAUACCUCAAAAUCUUGGGAAUUUAAAGAGUUUAAAAAAAACUCUAUUUCUCAAAUAAUUCACUCUCAGGUUCAAUCCCUUUAACUCUAUGUCAAUUGGGAAAUUUAUCUUAUCUCUACCUUGAUUCAAACCAAAUAGAAGGACAAAUACCACCAGAGA